UUGUUUAUCUUGAUUCGGGAAGAGAUUUGAUUUUGCAGUCUUUUUUUGCCGCUUAUCCGGAGUAUUGCUGUUUCCGGCCGGAAUUCAGAGCACCUGAUCGCAAAAGAUGACGACGCACUUCACCAAUGUGCUGCGGCAGGCCUUCAAAACCUUUGACCGGGCGAAUCACGCCAGCUUUAAUGCCAAUUUGCAGCACCUGCGCCAACUGACGGAUGAACUGACCUACCGGGACUUGCAUCUGCGCGAGGAACUCUUCCGGAACGUGGCCAGCCACCGGGCGCCCUGCAGCUACAUGCACAUCUUCGAGGACGAUCGAUUCUCCAUGAGCCUGUUCAUAGUGCGCGGAGCGAAUGCGAUACCCCUGCACGAUCACCCCAUGAUGUUUGGCCUCUUGCGCUGCAUCUGGGGUCAGUUGAGGGUGGACAGCUAUUCGCAACAGAUCGGCCCGGAUGAGCCGCUGACCUACGAUCCCGAUCCCACGGUGGUGAAAGUGAAUCCGGAGGAGCCGUGCCUAGUUUCGCCCAAUAGCCCGUGCGCCACAUUGACGCCGCGAAAGAGGAACUACCAUCAGAUUGCCCAAGCCGGCCAUGGCGUGGCCGCCUUCUUCGACAUACUAAGUCCGCCCUACGACGCGGAUAUGCCCACAUAUGGACCACGACAGUGCCGCUUUUACGGCGCCAAGGCGGAUGGCGGUCAAGUCCAGCUGCACUGCAUCCCCUCGCCGGACACGUACUACUGCGAUGUGGUGGACACGCCCGAGUCCGUGGUGCAGGCCGCCUUUCAGUGCGCCGACGAGGCCUAUGCCGAAAAUGCCAGCGGGACGCAGUGACUGCCUGAGCCUUUCCCGUUUCCCAGCAGCUAAACACCCUCCUAUUUAUUCGCCCAUCAUCACGCGUUGGCUACCCAGUAUCAGCCAAGUAUCUUCUGUGUUAU